CAAGAACUGUUGACUCCACUAAAUCGGACGUGGAUCCGUUUAUGGAUCAUUCUGUGGAUUUAACCACCUUGCCGUGUGCAGUGGACCCUCGGAUCUUCCAAUUUAACCUGAAGUUUCAAGGAAAACACGCCAAACUAAGAUGAAGAAUGUCCUCACAAAGAAACGUAUCGCCCUCGCCAGUUUGGGUCCAAAAUGGCUGUUGAAGUAUACCAACUUGUCGGAAUACCUACUCAGACUUCUUCUGUCCAGGCCCCAGGCAGCGCAGAAGAAGAAGAACAAGCACGCGGCUCGGACCGAAGCGUCCAAGUGGUGGCAAAAAAGGCAAAAGAAAGAAGGGGAAAGUUAAGGGUCUGUGGUACUGAAGUGGAGAGGACGUCGUGGGAAGUAGGAGGACCGCGACCACCCUGCAGAACUCGCUCUUCCCCGGAUGGUGAACUCCUCGCCUCCUGCCCCGGAUGCUGGACCCCAGCGGUCGUCAUGGAAACGCUCCCCUUGGCCUGGUCCAACCAGUCGACGGUCUCCCUCCCCAUCUUCAACGCCAGCUGCCGCUUUGACGAGGAGUUCAAGUACGUCCUCCUCCCCGUCUCCUACGGCCUGGUGUUCGUGCUGGGCUUCCUCCUCAACGCCACCGCCUUGUGGACCUUCGCCAAGAUGCGCCCGUGGAACCCCAGCGUGGUCUUCAUGUUCCACCUGGCGCUCACCGACUUCCUGUACGUGCUGUCGCUGCCCACGCUGGUCUACUACUACGCCAACCGCAGCCACUGGCCCUUCGGCGUGGCGGCGUGCAAAAUAGUGCGCUUCCUCUUCUACGCCAACCUGUACUGCAGCAUCCUGCUGCUCACCUGCAUCAGCGCGCACCGCUACCUGGGCAUCUGUCACCCCAUCAAGGCGCUCACCUUGGUCAAGUCCCGCCACGCUCACAUGGCGUGCGGCGCCGUGUGGGCCGUGGUGGCUGUCUGCCUGGUGCCCAACCUCGUCUUCGUCACCACCUCUAGGCGGGACAACGACACCAUCUGCCACGACACCACCAGCCAGGACUCCUUCGAGGAGUACGUGGACUACAGCUCGGUCGUAAUGACGCUGCUCUUCGGCGUCCCCUUCCUGGUCAUCGUGGCGUGCUACUGCCUGAUGGCGCGGGCCUUGUGCCGACCCAGACAGGGCCUGGCGGGCACCGCCUCCCGGCAGAAAUCCAUCAAGCUCAUCAUCGUGGUCUUGGUCGUGUUCGCCGUCAGCUUCGUCCCCUUCCACAUAACGCGAACUCUCUACUACACCGCCCGGGUUCUGGACCUGGACUGCAGAGUCCUCAACAUUGUCAACUUCACCUACAAGAUCACCCGCCCGCUCGCCAGCGUCAACAGCUGCAUCGACCCCGUCUUGUACCUCCUGGCCGGCGACCACUACCGCUCCAAGCUGGUCUACGCCCUGACGGGACGUAGGCAGGCCACCAGAAGUCAAGCCCCCUCUGAGGCUCCGCUCAACAGGAACACGAACCUGGCUCUGGUCUAUAAGAACCUGAACAGCAGUAGCCCAAAGACAGACGGAGGAAUCUCAAACUAAACACUAAGCUGGUCUACGCCCUGACGGGACAGAGUCAGGCUGCCAGGAGUCAGGCGCCCUCUGAGGCUCCGCUCAACAGGAACUCAAACCUGGCUCUGGUCUACAAGAACCUGAACAGCAGUAGCCCGAAGAUAGACCAAGGAAUCUCACACUAAAGACUAAGCUGGUCUACGCCAUGACAGGACAGAGGCAGGCCGCCAGGAGUCAAGCGCCCUAUGAGGCUCCGCUCAACAGGAACUCACACCUGGCUCUGGUCUUCAAGAACCUGAACAGCAGCAGCCCAAAGAUCAACCGAGGAAUCUCAAACGAAACACUAAGCUGGUCUAUGCCCUGACCACUAGGACUCAAGCGCCCUCUGAGGCUCCGCCCAACAGGAACUCAAACCUGGUUCGGGUCUAUAAGAACCUGAACAGCAGUAGCCCAAAGAUAUACUGAGGAAUCUCAAACUAAAGUCUAAGUUGGUCUACGCAACUGACAGGACCGAGGCAGGCCACCAAGAGUCAGGCGCCCUCUGAGGCUCGGCCCAACAGGAACUCAAACCUGGCUCUGGUCUACAAGAACCUGAACAGCAGUAGCCCAAAGAUAGACCAAGGAAUCUCAAACUAAAGACUAAGCUGGUCUACGCCCUGACGGGACAGAGGGAGGCCAACAAGAGUCAAGCGCCCUCUGUGUUUCUGCUCAAAAAGGAACUCAAAACUGGCUCUGGUCUAUAAAUACCUGAACAGCAGCAGCCCAAAGAAAGACAGAGGAAUCUCUAACUAAACAUUAAGCUGGUCUACGCCCUGACAGGACAGAGGCAGGCCACCAGGAGUCAGGCGCCCUCUGAGGCUCUGCCCAACAGGAACUCAAACCUGGCUCUGGUCUACAAGAACCUGAACAGCAGUAGCCAAAAGAUAGACCAAGGAAUCUCAAACUAAAGACUAAGCUGGUCUAUGCCCUGACGGGACAGAGGCAGGCCACCAGGACUCAAGCGCCCUCUGAGGCUUCUCCCUACAGGAACUCAAACCUGGCUCUGGACUACAAGAACCUGAACAGCAGUAGCCCAAAGAUAGACAGAGGAUUCUCAAACUAAACACUAAGUUAGCCUACGCCCUGGUAACUAGGUCUCAAGCGCCCUCUGAGGCUCCACCCAACAGGAACUUGAACCUGGCUCUGGUGUACAAGAACCUGAACAACAGUAGCCCAAAGAUGGGCCGAGGAAUCUCAAACUAAAGACUAAGCUGGUCUACGCCCUGACAGGACAGAGGCAGGCCACCAGGUGUCAAGCGCCCUCUGAGGCUCCGCCCAACAGGAACUCAAACCUGGCUCUGGUCUAUAAGAAACUGAACAGCAGCAGCCCAAAAAUAGGCAGAGGAAUCUCAAACUAAACACUAAACUGGUCUACGCCCUGACGUGAAGGAGGCAGGCCGUCAGGAGUCAGGCACCCUCUGAGGCUUUGCCCAACAGGAACUCAAACCUAGCUCUUGUCUAUAAGAACCUGAACAGCGGUAGAUGGAUUGAGGAAUUUCAAACUAAACACAGUUUUUGGUAUUUGCGCUGACUAUUCAUUCAAGUCUUGUGACCUUGUUAGUCCGGAGACACUGGCAGCCCACUCAGAUACACUGGUGUCCAAAGUCUUUGCCCCUGUUCACACUGCAGGUCAAUUCCCAGUUCCCAUAUUGCGACCAGUACCGGAUUUUUUCAUGUCCGUUCCGAACGUUUUAUAUCCAACCCAGGUAUGUGGAAAUAAAUCGGAUACAUCUACAAUGCGUCCUGGAUGUGAACGUUCAUCUGAACGAGGAUGUUGUAGUCGUAAUGAUUUGUGCAGUCCUUUAAGACAUUUGUGAUUUGGGGCUAUAUAAAUAAACAUUGAUUGAUUGAUUGAUUGAACAGAACGCAGGACUCGAACAGACGCUGGCUUUUGAACUUUGCGCCUAUAACAAGCCAGGUGGUUCUUAUCCUCUUUGGUCCGGAGGACACGACGUCCACAGUUUCCAAAAACAAUUUGAAACGUGGACUCGUCAGACCACAGGACAAUUUUACACUUCGCAUCAGUCCAUCUUAGAUGAGCUCAGGCCGAGUGGAGCUGGCAGCGUUUCUUGGUGUUGUUGAUAAAUGGCUUCGACUCUGCAUUGUAGAGUUUUAACAUGCACUUACAGAUGUAGCGACCAACUGUAGUUACUGACAGUGGUUUUCUGAAGUGUUCCUGAGCCCAUGUGGUGAUAUCCUUUACACACUGAUGUCGCUUUUUGAUGCAGUACCGCCUGAGGGAUCGAAGGUCACGGGCAUUGAAUGUUACAUGCAGUGAUUUCUCCAGAUUUUCUGAACCUUUUGAUGAUAUUACAGAGCGUAGAUGGUGAAAUCCCUAAAUUCCUUGCAAUAGCUCGUUGAGAAAUGUUGCUCUCAAACAAUUCGCUCACGCAUUUGUUCAAAAAGUGGUGACCCUCGCCCCGUCUUUGUUUGUGAAUGUCCGAGCAUUUCAUGGAAGCUGCUUUUAUACCCAAUCAUGGCACCCACCUGUUCACAAUGAGCCUGUUCACCUGUGGGAUGUUCCAAAUAAGUGUUUGAUGAGCAUUCCUCAACUUUCUCAGUCUUUUUUACCACUUGUGCCAGCUUUUUUGAAACACGUCGCUGGCAUCCAUUCGAUAAUUAACUACUAUUUGCAAAAAAUAACCAGUGUGUACGUUAAAGAUAUUGUCUUUGCAGUCUAUUCAAUUGAAUAUAAGUUGAAAAGGAUUUGCAUAUCAUUGUAUUCUCUUUUUAUUUACCAUUUACACAACAUGACAACUUCAUUGGUUUUGGGGUUUGUAAUGCCGUCUAGUUUUUUUAUUACGGAAAAAACAUAAUUUGUUAUUUAUUAAUACAUUUUAGACGACAGGAAAUCAGGUGCAUGCGCACUAGUUUGGCUUGAUGAUCACGGCGGACUAACUACACGGCCUUCGCUCCGGAGAUUUCCCCUCGGAAUAAAACGGAGCCAAGCCCGACAGCACAUCACUGCAUAUCAUUACUCAAUUAAUGUUUAAUUUGGCAACAGUUAAUGUCAACUUAUUAAGUAUUUAACAUUAAUAUCGUGGAAUGCUGACAAUUUUGACUGGACUUAUAUCCAUCUACAGGAGGACACGGGCCUUGGACUUGUUGUAGUUUCCAAUAAAGAGGCAUUAAAAACUAUUAGAUCAGAUUUGCUGCUGCCUGCAGGAACCCUGACUAUAUUUGUCUGCUCAAAACUUGGCAACAGUUCUUUUUAAAGUCCCGUCAGGGUUUAUUUUGAGGUGAAAUUUGCCUCCAGUCUGGCGUAUGCAUCGGCCUGAUCACUGACCGCAUGACAACCAUUCAUGUAACCAUCCGCUGUUAGAGGAGCACGCACGCAUGAUUCAUCCACACACUGUAUAUACAUGAUUAAUGCAAUAUUUAUUGUGAAUAAUCACACAAGUCAAAACUGAACUGACACUUUUUUUAAAUUUGAUUAAAAUCAUUCACAAUCGU